AGAAUGACAUUGUAUCGCCUGGUAGUGUUGGGCGAUGGCGGUGUUGGAAAGACCGCCUUGACCAUCCAGCUCUGUCUUAAUCACUUUACGUAUGACCCUACCAUUGAGGACUCGUAUAGAAAGCAAGUUGUAAUUGAUGAUCAGCCAUGCAUUCUUGAAAUUCUUGAUACGGCUGGUCAGGAAGAGUAUACAGCUUUGCGCGAUCAAUGGAUUCGUGAUGGUGAAGGCUUUCUCUUGUGUUUUUCCAUCACGUCUCGCAGUACUUUUGAGCGCCUUGAAAGAUUCAAAGAUCAAAUUGAACGUGUAAAGGAUGUGGAUAGUACUAGACAGCUUGUUCCUAUGAUUGUUGUUGGAAAUAAGGCCGACCGUACUCACGACCGCGAAGUCUCGAUUACAGAGGGUAAUAAUUUGGCGAGGCAUUUGCGGUGCGAGUACAUUGAAACCAGUGCAAAAACUACUCUCAAUGUCGAAAAGUAUGCAUUUGUUGUUCGUUUGAUCCGCAAGGAGCGUGAUCAAGGAAGCUCGUUUCCUGGAGUUGAAAAAAAGAAGAAGGAAAAGGGAAAAUGCAUGCUGCUGUAAAUUUCGAAUUAGUUAUUUUCCAAUCGUAUCUUGCGUUUAUCGUCAUUAUUAUGUAUUGUUCAAAGAUAUGUUUUUAUUCCUGGCAAGGCUUGCUUGACAGUCUAAUCUAGAUCUUUGACUACAAUUGUUUUUUCGAUCCACUGCCAAAUUCGAUACUACUCGACAAAUUCCACGUGGUCUGUUUUUGACUUGCAGUUUUUUCUACCUCUAUUGCUUUUAUUCCUACGCCGUCAUUUCCUCAUCAUUUCAUUCCGAUCCCAACGACUACACUACUUUGAAUGAAUUUUUUGGUUGGUUUUCAAAUAUAUUACUUUGAAAGCCUGCUUGGCAUUCAAAUAUAAACC